AUGGCGACAUCUCCGGCCAUCCGUCUUCUGGCCCUCCGGCCCGUUAUCUCUGGUUUAGGAAAGCUCCUGCUCUUCACCCUCACUCACCUGCCGCUCAGCGCCGCCGCUCCCACAGCUCCCUAUUACACCACCCGCUCCUCCAAAGUAGAAACUCUGUCAGCCGACGAUCCAAGCUUAUGGCUCUAUCUCGGUGUUGCUACCGCUCUCGUCUUGAGCGGCGGCGCCUUCGCCGGUUUGACCAUUGCCUUGAUGGGCCAAGAUGAGGUCUACCUCCAAGUCAUUCAAACCUCCGGUGAAGCCUACGAACGAAAAAAUGCCGCCAGCGUACUCAAACUGCUCAAACGUGGCAAACACUGGGUCUUAGUGACCCUAUUGCUCAGCAAUGUCAUCACGAACGAGACCCUCCCCAUCGUUCUCGACCGCUCUCUGGGCGGCGGUUGGCCCGCCGUUUUGGGCAGUACCGUGCUCAUUGUCAUUUUCGGCGAAAUUGUCCCCCAGUCGAUAUGCGUUCGAUAUGGCCUCCCCAUCGGGGCUUGGAUGGCACCCUGCGUUCUCGUCCUGAUGUACAUUAUGUCCCCCGUGGCAUGGCCCAUCGCCAAAUUACUUGACCGACUCUUGGGGGAGGAUCACGGAACCGUCUAUAAGAAGGCGGGUCUGAAGACGUUGGUCACGCUGCAUAAAACCCUCGGAGAUGCGGGGGAACAGCUCAAUUCCGACGAGGUGACCAUUAUCAGCGCCGUGCUGGACCUCAAGGACAAGGCGGUCGGCAGCAUCAUGACACCGAUGGAGGACGUCUUCACCAUGUCCGCCAAUACCAUCCUGGACGAGGAGACGAUGGAUUUGAUCCUAUCCCAGGGAUACUCGCGGAUCCCCAUCCACGCUCCCGAUAACUCCAUGAACUUUGUGGGUAUGCUCUUGGUCAAGAUGUUGAUCACUUACGACCCGGAAGAUUGCAAACGGGUCCGGGACUUCGCCCUCGCCACCCUCCCCGAGACCCGUCCCGAGACCAGCUGUUUGGAUAUCGUCAACUUUUUCCAGGAGGGCAAGUCCCACAUGGUUUUGGUUUCAGAAUAUCCCAGUGAGGAUCGUGGUGCCUUGGGCGUGGUCACAUUAGAAGACGUGAUUGAGGAGUUGAUUGGAGAGGAAAUCAUUGACGAAUCGGACGUUUUCGUGGAUGUGCACAAAGCCAUUCGGCGCAUGGCACCUGCGCCGAAGUCGCGCGUACCCAAGGGCAAGAUUGUGGAAGAACCGCCCGUGUUACACGAAAUGGUGGAAGGCACUCUGGUCGAUGUUGGGGGCGAGUCUCGGGCAACCAAGUCGAUGGAAGGACGCCGAAAUUCGGUCGAGGCGCCGUUACCGCGAUUCCAACUUCGGAAGCACUCGAAUUCAGCGGAUGGCUGGGUCACCCAGAGAGGAGCUACGGAUGAGAUCCGCGAACAGCUGAAGCAUCUGGGACCGUCCAACCUGGCCAGUCGGCCCCGUCACACACGCUACCAGAGUGUGAAGAUCAAGCGAGCCGGUGCGUCCCCGACACGCUCGGGGCAGACGGAUGUUGAGUCGGAACAGAGCGCCUCGGGUUCCCCCCAUCGGCGUGCCUCGUCUCUCGGCUUGCCGGGCGGCAUUGGCGCGGGAUUGCUCCAGUCCGGAGGCUUAGAUGCCCGGGAUGGUGCCCAUGCCGUUCGUCUCGGCUAUGACACCAUGUCCCAUACCCCGGCCAUGGAUAUCGGAAUGCUGACCAAGGACACUGCCGGAGUGUCCAUCCCGGAAGCGGUUUGCGAAGAGCAGGACGAAUAUGGCCGCUCGCCGUCGAGCGCUGCCGUCAGUACGUGGUCCUCCGACUCACGGUCUCAAGAGCGCCCAAAGACUGGUACCAGUUAUCAGCAUAAGGGGCCGGCUCGCAGCGGCAGCAUCACGGAGCAGAUUGUCGACGUUAAUGGGAUCCGAAAGGUGGUCUUACAUACGACCAGUACCAGCUCCUCCUCCGAUGACAAUGGACACCAGUUCCUGGUGCGCCAGGGCGGAGUGGUCCGUGAUAUGAAUGAUGAUAAAGAGACGGCCAACCCCAGUGGGUCGAAGAAACGACGCCGGCGACACAAGCGAGGGAAAUCCUCGAAGGGAUCUAAGGGAGAUCAAGAAGAAUCGGCACUUCUACUCCCGCAAUAA